CCUCGCCGCGGCUCGCGGCGGACGCCAUGGACAACUAUGCCGACCUGAAGCGUAUCGGCAGAGGCAACUAUGGCACCGUCGCACUCGCGCGCGACGUACGUAACGGCCGUGACUACUGCCUCAAGCAGAUCUCGAUGGAGGCCUUCACGGAGGACGAGCGGGCGCAGGCGCAGCAAGAGGUGGAGGUGCUGCGCUCGCUCGACCACCCUGGCAUCGUGCGCUACCACGAGCACUUUGUGUGCCGCGCGAGCCAGACGCUGUGCGUCGUGAUGGCGUACUGCGAGGGAGGCGACCUCUCGCACGAAAUCAAACGGCGCGCCACGCGCGGCGAGUCCUUCGACGAGAAGCAGGUGCUGGACUGGUUCGUGCAGAUGGUGAUGGCGCUGCGCUAUGUCCACUCCAAGCGCAUCCUCCACCGCGACCUCAAGACGCAAAACAUCUUCAUCGCGCAUCACAACGGGCGCGCGCUCAUCAAGCUCGGCGAUUUCGGCAUCGCAAAGGUGAUGGAGGGGUCGAUGGCGGCGGCGAGCACGGUGAUCGGGACGCCGUACUACAUGUCGCCCGAGGUGUGCCAGAACCAGCCGUACUCGUUCAAGUCUGACGUCUGGGCCCUCGGCUGCAUUCUCUACGAGAUGUGCGCGCUGCAGCAGGCCUGGAACGGCUCCAACCUCCUCGGGCUGGUGUACAAGAUCGUGCAGCAAAAGUACCCGCCGCUGCCCGAGUCGUACUCGCCUCGGCUGCGCGAGCUCGUCGGCCGGAUGCUCGCCAAGCAGCCCGAGCACCGACCGUCGCUCGACGACAUACUCGCCACGCCGUUUGUGCGCGAGUUCCUCACCUCGCAGCUCGCGCAGUCGGCGCCCGCGUCGAUGCUCGCCGCACCGCGCCAGCCGCAAGGGCGCGACGAGACCGCCGCCGGCGGAGACGCGCUCGGCGCGACAGAGCGGUUCGGGGUGCCUCCGCCGCGCCGCAGCUCGGUGAGCUCCUUCGCUGACCGCGGCUCGUCGGCCGAGCAGCUCGGCUCGGGAGGGUACGAGACCAUUGCCGAGGAGUCUUGCCGCGGCUCUGCGUCGGGCGAUGGAGAGCUCACUCCGGCAGAGCGGAUGAGGCGGCUGGCGGAGGCGGAGACCGGCGGUCGGCGCGGAGGUCACACGAGACCGGCCGAGCGUAGGCGGCGCAAGCUGGCGGACGCGGACCGGCGGCACGCGCGCAGCUCCAUCUCGGAGAACCGCGAGAUCGCAAAGGGCAUCCGCUCGAUGCAGCUCCGGUCCAACUUGGACGCGUCGGUUGCGCUUGCGCGCGUGUGUGGAGACGCUUGCCUCACGUGCCUCACGUUUGCGCUGCCGCAGGAGGGCCCUCGGGCGAAGCUCGGUAGCGAGCAGGCGCCCAGCAGGGGGCGCACGCCGGCGCCAGCGGGGCUGCAGGGCUGGGCGCAGCGUGGCGGAGGCGGCGACGGAGGGGCCGGGGCCGGUUCUUCCGCGGGUUGCUUUGGGGCUGAGGACAACGACGAGGAGGAGGAGGGGGCGUACGAGGACGAUUUUGACGAGUACGAGGCGACGCUGAAGCACGACCCCGCGAUGCUGCAGCGAACCCAACGCGCCGCCGCUGCCGCGAGGGACUCGAACGCGCGCGACGCGGCGGAGCGGCAGCGGCUGCUGCAGCAGGCGGCGCAGGCGCCGCGGCGUAGAGAUAGCUUUCUCGUGGCUCGCGCGUGCCCGCGCCUCUUGGCGCAGAGCGCGCAGCUGUCGCAGGACCGGCUCGCCCUCGCCGCGUCGCGCCGCUCCUCCACCGCCGGGCUGGCCGAGCGGGCGGCGGCGCACGAGUACGGGCGAGGCGCGUCGAGCGAGGCGCUGAGCGCGCUCGCCGAGGAGGUGCGGCGCCAGCUGACGAUGCUCGUCGGCCGAGAGCGGCUCAACGAUUGCAUGUGGGUGGACCAGCUCGUCUUCAAAGAGAUCAUGAUGCGCUGA